AUGUCUGCUAUUUGCAAGGCCAGGUUGGCAGAAGAACGUAAACUAUGGAGAAAGGACCAUCCCUUUGGAUUUUGGGCAAGACCAACAAAAAAUCCUACAGAUAGCUCUCUGAAUCUCAUGCUCUGGGAAGUCGGAAUUCCAGGAAAGGUCGGAACACUAUGGGAAGGCGGUGUUUUCAAACUGAGAAUCAUCUUUCCAGACGAUUACCCUCAAAAACCACCAAAGUGUCAGUUUGUUCCACCACUGUUCCAUCCAAAUGUAUAUCCAUCAGGAACUGUCUGUCUUAGUAUUGUCAAUGAAGAUCAAGAUUGGAAACCAGCAAUUACUCUUAAGCAAAUACUGCUAGGCAUCCAAGAUUUGCUCAACGACCCUAACCCAAACUCGCCAGCUCAAAGCGAUGCAUAUGUGUUGUUUAAACGUGAUCGUGCUGCAUAUGAUAAACGCAUUCGAGAACAAACUGCUGCACAUCGUUCUACUGAUUAA